AUGGGUAGUGCAGUAUACCAACAAGAAGGUCACAAACAAUGGAGGAACAUUGGCAAGAAGCUCAUACUUGGUGCAAUCUAUGGUCUUCUUCCUUUAGCUCUCAUCCACUCCUUCUUCAUCAGAUCAAUCCCCACACAACAUCAAGAUCCAAUCUCUUCCUCUCCAGAAAUCACAGUUGUAGAUAAACACAAUGAAUGGAGAAGAGAUGAUCAAGUAGUAAAACAAGACUGUGAUUACACCAAUGGAGUUUGGGUUGAAAGCACACAAGGGCCUAAAUACAACAACACAAGUUGCAAGACCAUCAGAACCGGCCAGAACUGCCUCGGCAAUGGCCGGCCGGACACCGGUUUCCUCUACUGGAGAUGGAAGCCAAAACAGUGUGAGAUCCAUGAGUUUGAUCCAUUCUUGUUUCUUAAACUCAUUGAAAAUAAACACCUAGCUUUCAUUGGUGACUCCAUGGCAAGGAACCAACUAGAGUCUCUACUUUGUCUCUUAACCACUGUAUCAACUCCAAUACUGAAAUACCAAUAUGGAGAGGAUAACAGGUUUAGGAGAUGGACUUUUGGGUCUCCUUACAAUGCUACCAUCUCUAUCUACUGGGCUCCUUUCCUUGUUAAGGCUAUAGACACAACACAAGGUCAGAACAAAGUGUAUAUGAACACCAUUGAUGAGAAAUGGGGUGCAGAGAUUAACUCAAUGGAUAUGAUAGUGUUCUCUAUGGGACACUGGUUUAAUAAACCAGCUAUCUUUUGUGAAGGUGAUAGUGUUAUAGGUUGCCAUAACUGUGGAGAAAACUCGAGAUACACCGACAUCGAUAUCUUUGAUAUGAUGAGGAAGGUGACCAAGACUGCAAUAAGUGAAGUUGGCAGAAGAGUGGAAGGAGAUAAAAGAGAUGUUUGUUGGGGUGGUGAGCUUCUCACCAGGUCAUUUUUUGAAGGAGCUUGGGAUAAGGCUGGGGGCUUGUCCUAA